AUGUCGCAAAAUCUUAUCAACGCCAAUCCAACCAUUUACAACACAAAGACAUUUGUCCGCAAAGAAACUGAAGCAGAAUAUGAUGACGAUAUCGAAGAUGCUAUUGAUUCACAAGAAGUCUUUGACCUUAUCCGUUCCAUUUCAGACCCUGAACAUCCCUUGACUUUGGAGCAAUUGAAUGUCACUCAGUUUGAUCAUAUCGAAGUGAACAACGAAACAAGCAAGGUUCUAAUUGAAUUCACACCCACUAUUCCCCAUUGCUCUAUGGCUACAUUGAUCGGCUUAUGCAUUCGAGUUCGUUUGUUGCGUAGUUUGCCAGAUAGAUUCAAGGUGGAUAUCCGAGUUCGCAAGGGAACUCAUCAGUCUGAAGGAGCAGUUAACAAGCAAUUGAAUGACAAGGAAAGAGUAGCAGCAGCUUUGGAAAACAAUCAUUUAUUGGAGGUUGUCAAUCAAUGCUUAGCAACAGCCAGUCUUCGUGGUAUGGAAGUGCCCACCAACUGA